AUGGACUGCGGCGCGAUCGCCGGCGAGAGGCCGAGGCGCCCGCCCGGCCGCCGGCGGCUGCUGCUCCUCCUGCCCGCGGGCGGCCGCGGGGCCCCGACGCGCCGCUGCCUGCCCCGGCUCCUGGGCGGCCUGGGUGCGCUGCGACCCCGCGCCACGGCCGCCCGCGGCCGCGCGUCCCGUGCCUCCCCGCUGCUGCUGCUCCUGCUCGUGCCCGGCCCGCGCCUGGCCGCCGCCGCCCCGCGCCGGCCGCUGGCCGACUGGGACCGCCCGCGCCCGGGCCGCGGCGGCGCGUGGCGGGGCCCGCCGGCCCUGGGCGGCGUGGGCGCCCUGCCGCUGGGCCUCGGGCCGGCGGCCGCCCUGGCUUCCCCCAGGAGAGAGCUGAGCCUGUCUGCUGGCUGCCUGCAGCUGGAGCACAGGAGGAGCGACUUCACCUCUUCUGGAAACAGGAAGCUCUUCUUUGACACCCACGCCCUGGUGUGCCUGUUCGAAGAAAAUGGGUUUACAACUCAACAAGCAGAAAUCAUCAUGUCGGCGUUGGUCAAGAUUGUGGAGGCCAACAUGGACAUCGUGUACAAAGACAUGGUCACGAAGGUGCAGCAGGAGAUCACCGUGCAGCAAGUCAUGUCUAAGAUCGCCGCUGUGAAAAAGGAUAUGAUUAUUUUGGAGAAGAGUGAGUUUUCAGCCCUGAGAGCAGAAAAUGAGAAAAUAAAACUUGAACUGCAUCAGUUAAAACAGCAAGUAGCGGAUGAAGUGCUCAAAGUCCGAACAGAUACCAAAUUAGACUUCAAUCUAGAAAAGAGCAGAGUGAAAGAGCUGUACGCACUGAAUGAAAGGAAGCUGCUGCAGUUGAAGACAGAAGUGGUGGAACUGCACGCCCAGCAAGAUCGGGCCCUCACCCAGACAGACAGGAAGAUAGAGACCGAGGUCGCUGGCCUCAAAACCAUGCUGGAAGCGCACAAGCUUGACACCAUUAAAUAUCUGGCAGGGUCUGUAUUUACAUGCCUAACAGUAGCUCUGGGAUUUUAUCGCCUUUGGAUGUAAUAAACUGCCUAUUUAAAGAGAUUUCUAUGGUUUUGCCUUAAGAAUACCAGUGCAUUGCCUCUUUUUUUUUUUUUUUUCUUCUGUUUCAAAUUUUAAAGCUGAUUUUGGCUUCAUGCAUAUCUUUAUGCAAGUGAUGGUCGGGGAACCAAGGUGUGGAUGUCAGGAACUGGGCAGUCAUUCCUUGCAUCUCCUGUCCGUGACUCCGUCACUGGGUGGUGUGGACACCAUGUUGACAACGCCACUCAGCAAGCCGUGGACUGGGUCUCACCCGUGGUGCCCACCGACGCCAGAUGUCUCUACAAGUCUCUACUACUUUUGGUCAUCUCCACUUAAAGGGCAUACUGACUUCAAUAAGUACCGAAGAAUUACCAAAACUAACCCAGGAGUGCCAAGUCCUCCUCACCUACCCACCCAGCCCUCACACCAGCUCUCCCGGUACCAGAGUACUGCUUAACUCAGCUGUAGUCUACAGCGAACAGCGGUUUUGGCUUUGGGGUUGGGUGGGUGGGUGGUUGGUUCGGCGUGUUUAUUUCCAUUGUCCUAGUAAGCUCUGUUACGGUUAUUUUGCUGUGCCGUCCUGCUAAUGACGUUCUGAUUGCAAUGAGGACUCUGUCUGACCUCUUAGAACGUGGUGUUCCCCUUCCCCUCCCAUGGCUGGGUUACCUGCCUGCUCAGCACGGUGCUCUGUGAGGUCUUGUUUGCUGGACAGCCUGCUUCCUCCCGGUGUCACCUGCUCUCUGACAAGGGAGACACUUGGCCCUCACCUGGGUCUCUGACGCACACGCCUUUGCCUGUAACCAGCUGCCGUGGGCUUUGCGAACGAGACCCAGGGGCCGUCACGUCCGUCACCGUCCUAAUGGCGGCAGAUUUCUGUGGCCGCAGUGAUUCUCGUCCCUACCGUAACUACCUCUGUGUUAAGACACACAGUCCUCGGUCCCGCUGGGGUUACCGUGGAGACGCGCGUGCCCGGCUGAUUCACAUGAGUGGCGCGUGGGCGAGAGCAGGUGUGAGAGAAACGGACGCUGAUGGAGCCUGCGCAUCCUCCGUGCACGCGCGUGUGCGCGCAGUCCGGCGCCCUGACCACCCUGGGAGAGUAAGUGCCCGCUGUCACGGUUCCAGCCACACUGGCUCAACAGAAAGUUACCUUAGUGCUGCGGGUGUCCUUUCCAAACUCUGGGAAGUGUCGUCGGCGCCUUUUUGGGAGCAUCUGUGUAGUCCAGGGUCACGGCUCGAUGUAACGUGGGCACCAGGGCCUCGUAUUCACAGUGGUGGCAGUGUAAAGUGAAACUCUCCUAUUUAUAAUCUUUGAGUAAAUCGGAGCGGUCCCAGCCGCUCGGCGUCCUGUGGGCGCCCGCCUCUCUCUCAGAGGAGAGCCCUCAGGGGAGCUGCGUGCCGGCUGCUGCCUUGGGUGUAGACGGUGCGUGAGGGGCGUCGCGCCGUCCACCCCGCCGUGGUCAGUCCCCCGCGGAGCCCGCACCCCCUCAUCCGAUCGAUCGCACCUCCAGAGCGGACCCCCAGGGGAGAGCUGCCUGCGCGCUUAGCCUCCGAGCGCGGCCGAGAGCCGGGAGGCAUCCGUGCGGCGCGGGGACACGUCUGAGGCGCCCGCUGCUGUCUGAGGCGUCCGCUGCUGUCUGAGGCGCCCGCGGCUGGCGUCAGGCGCCCACUGCUGGUCUGAGGCGCCCCCUGCUGGCCUCAGGCGCCCCCUGCUGGCGUGAGGCACCCGCUGCUGUCUGAGGCGCACGCUGCUGUCUGAGGCGCCCGUUGUCGGCUGUGAGGCGCCUCCUGCUGGCUGUGAGGCGCCCGCUGCCGUCUGUGAGUGCCCGCUGCCGUCUGAGGCGCCCGCUACUGUCUGAGGCGCCCCCUGCUGGCGUGAGGCGCCUCCUGCUGACUGUGAGGCGCCCGCUGCCGUCUGUGAGUGCCCACUGCUGUCUGUCUGAGGCGCCCGCUGCUGUCUGAGGCGCCCCCUGCUGGCGUGAGGCGCCCGCCGCCCUCGGAGGCCCACGCAGCAUUCGCCGAGGAUCCGGCCGCGUCUUCCGCCACUCCGCUGGGCCGUGGAUUGUGCUGCAGAGUCCUCCGCGGUACUGUGCCGCCUUUUCCUUUUUCUGGUCUUGGGAACAACGGAGGGUCCUUCUGCGGGCGUGGGUGGGUGGGAUGCAGGCCCGGAAGCUAAGGGUGGGUGCAGGCCCGCAUCUGGCCUCAGGGCUGUGUGUGGAAAGCGCUGAGCCGGACACACAGGCGCGUCCAGCCCAGCUGUCCGAGAGCGGGGAGGGCGCCCUGGCCGCCGAGACCUGGGCCGGGCCUGGCGGGGCCGGCGGGGCCCGUGUCUGCAGCCCGGAGCGGAGUAGCCGCCCCGGGCGGAGCCUGGCGUUGCCCUCCCGGCACGGAGCACCCUCCAUGCCCUGCCCCCGGCCUCUCUCGGGGUCUGGGCGCCAGCUCCGCGCCCUUCCUGUCCCGUUAAUCAAAACCCGCUCUGGGGUCAGCUCUGCUGCGGGGCUGCCCUGCCCUGGGCGCUGAUGUCGCCUCCGGCGGGUCGCAGCGCCGUCCAGCACGACUGGGCCGGGGAGGGUCCGUCUUUGCCCUGCGAGUGAGCCGGGCUCCGCCGUUGGGAAGCCCUGGGCUCCGGACGGCAGGCUUCACUCACGCCGGAGCCUUGCUGGAAUCUGUCUCCGAAACCCCUGGGCCAUGGCCGGCAGGCCCCCACGUGCCCGCGCCGUCGUCGGCCCCUCUACCGCCUUCCCUCUGCACCUGUGCCCACGACAGUGUCCCUCUGUCCCCUGCCCCCCAUCGGCCGCGUCAGCACGGGCAGCCUCGCCCCACCCUCACAGCAGGUAGACGUCUCCACUCAGGGCUGGAGAACUCGGACGUUAGCUCCAGUUUAAUCAAACUUGCCGCAGCUUUCCUGGCGCUAAACGCAAAACCGUGUUAACCAGCAAUAAUCUGUUCUCUCUAUGAAAGGUUUGAGAAUACCUGGUGUUUCAUUGGAAUUUUAUUCAAGAAAUAUUUAUCGUUUCACAGAUACAUGUUUAUGUUCCUUUGAUUAGAACCCAAAUCAUUUUAACCAUUGUAUUAAAUAUUCAAUUACAUUUUAUUUACUAAGAGAGUGGGUUUAUUAUUUAUAUCUAAAAUAAAGUAAUUUUAUAUGGCUAAUAAAUUUUUCUAAUGUUUCAAACUAAAUAUGACAAAGUAGAAGAGCUUCUUCCUAAAACACUUCAUCUCAACUCUUAAUUCCACGCCGUGGAAUAAUGAUAACCCUACUGAAUUAUAAGUAAAUGUAAUAUUUGGACAUACAUAGAAAAUAAACUUGAGAGUGAUUAUUUGA